CCAAGACAGAAGUGAAACAGCCAGGAUUCAAUUUGAUUGUUAAGAUGAGACAUGCUUUUGCAUUAUUACCUCUCCUGCUUUUCUUGUUUGCAGCAUCUAUAGAAUCAAGAAAAGAUCUAGGAGAAUACUGGAAAUUGAUCAUGAAAGACCAAGACAUGCUAGAGGAAAUUCAAGGACUCCUUAUCGCCAACACUAAAAAAAUUCUCAAGCCGGUUGUUAAAGACACACAAGCCAACCUAGAAGUGAAUGUGUUUAGAGAGGAUUUAGAACCAAGACCAAAUAUUUCAGCAUAUGAAGAUGACACUAAGGAAAACAAAAAAGAUUUCAAAGAUUUUGAACCAAGACCAAAUAUUUCAGCUUAUGGAAAUAAUGAUAUUGAUGUUAAGGAAAAGAAGAAAAUUGUCAAAGAUUUUGAACCAAGACCAAACAUUUCAGCUUAUGGAGACAAUGACAUUGAUGUUAAAGAAAACAAUGGAACAACUAAAGAUUUUGAACCAAGACCCAACAUUUCAGCUUAUGGAGAGAAUGACAUUGAUGCUAAGGAAAAGAAGGAAGCCACUAAAGAUUUCAAACCAAGGCCCAACAUUUCAGCUUAUGGAGACAAUGACAUUGAUGCUGAAAAAAAGAAGAAAGCCACUAAGAAUUUUGAACCACGACCCAACAUUUCAACUUAUGGAGACAAUGACAUUGGUGUUAAGGAAAAGAAGGGAGCCACUAAAGAUUUCGAACCAAGGCCCAACAUUUCAGCUUACGGAGACAAUGACAUUGAUGCUAAGGAAAAGAAGGAAGCCACUAAAGAUUUCGAACCAAGGCCCAACAUUUCAGCUUAUGGAGACAAUGACAUUGAUGCUGAGAAAAAGAAGGAAGCCACUAAAGAUUUUGAACCACGACCCAACAUUUCAACUUAUGGAGACAAUGACAUUGAUGUUAAGGAAAAGAAGAGAGCAACUAAAGAUUUUGAACCAAGGCCCAACAUUUCAGCUUAUGGUGACAAUGACAUUGAUGUUAAGGAAAACAAGGGAGUCACAACUAAUGAUUUUGAACCAAGACCCAACAUUUCAGCUUAUGGAGAGAAUGACAUUGAUGGUGAGGAAAAGAAGGGAGCCGUUAAAGAUUUUAAACCACGACCCAACAUUUCAGCUUAUGAAGACAAUGACAUUGAAGUUAAGGAAAAUAAGGGAAUCACAACUAAUGAUUUUGAACCAAGACCUAACAUUUCUGCUUAUGAGAAUAAUUACAUUGACAUUCACAACUAAUGAUUUAGAUACAUAUGAUGUUGAUGAGAAAAAUGAGGAAUUCACAAAGGAUUUUGAGCUUAGGCCAAGUCUCACUAAAUAUGAUGCAUAAAUAAAUGGAAUAAUGAUGUAAUAGAAUCAACUUCAAUCAACGAUGUAGCAUAUUUAAAUAAGUUGUUGCGUUUAUGUAUUAAGCUUUUUGAAUAAUUAUUCUUGUAAGGUUAAGAGAUUGGUAGUAAAACUUCUCGUUAUUAAAUAAGUUGUUGCGUUAA